CUUUUCAGUGUCCAUGUCGAAACCAUAAACACAUGGGCGAUUAACAGAAUAAUUAUUUAGUCACAAUGCGUAUUGAAAAGUGUUAUUUUUGCUCCGCACCGGUCUACCCCGGACACGGGAUGAUGUUUGUUCGCAAUGACUGCAAGGUGUUUAAAUUUUGCAGAUCAAAAUGUCACAAGAACUUCAAGAAGAAGCGCAAUCCAAGAAAGACCAGGUGGACCAAAGCGUUCAGAAAAGCUGCUGGCAAAGAGCUGACAGUGGAUAACUCACUGGAGUUUGAAAAGCGCCGAAAUAUUCCUCUUAAAUACCAGAGGGAGUUAUGGAACAAGACAGUGGAGGCCAUGAAGAAGGUAGAGAGCAUCAAACAGAAGCGACAGGCUCGCUUUAUCAUGAACAGAUUGAAGAAGGGCAAAGAGCUGGAGAAAGCAGAAGCCAUCAACGAAGUCAAGAAAAAUAUCCACCUCAUCAGAGCAUCGCAUGCAGGACAAGCCAAAAAGCUGGAGGAGAAGAUGGUGCAGAAACUGGCAGAAGACGUGCAAAUGGCUGAUUAAAUUUGUCCCGGCUUGUGAUUCGGUCGAACGGGAUGCUAAAAAACAACACCUUUUUGUUUGUAAGCUGUAGGCCUUAAAAGUGACCCCCUGAAGAGAUUCCUCCUAACCUGUAACUGUCAAUAACUGCACUUCAGCUCUCAAAGCCCCUUCGAUGUGACGUUCGUGGAAGUCCGGAUAAGCUGAAAGACGUUUAUUCUAUUUGUUGACCGAUUUAGGUUUGAAUUUUUGCCUAAGUUAAGACUGAGAUGGCUGCCGGUGAAUGGAAUUGAAUUUUAUGGCAUGCUGAAAGGCAGUGAUAACACCAAGUUACUGCCAGCUACAUUCACAGUUUCGUUGAAUUAUCUCUGAAAAUCACCUUACUGCUUCUUGUUCUAUUUAACAUCGUGACGAUUAAAUCCCCCCCCCCCCCCCCCCCCCCCCCCCCCCAAACGAGUAAUGACAUUUAAACAGUAUGACAUUCGUAAUAAAAUACCAUACCAAGAUGUUUGGUAGCUAUGUGCAUUUUCAUUAAACAUUUUAAACAUCAA